AUGGAUAAACAAAAGCUUAAAAGCAUGUUGAAUAGGACUUUCCACAAUAAAAGAAGCACGAGCUCAAACUAUUCAAAAUCAGAUUUUAAUUUGACAAUGAGCCUGUAAAAAACUUAUAACAAUCGUGAAGAAGGAAAGAGUGAAGCUAUCGUUGAUUAUAACAAUAAUUCAUAGCAUAAUGAAAUCAAGGAAGAAGUCACAGAAAUUGAGAAUAACUAAUAUUCAAACAACGACGAAGAUAAUGGUUAUAGACGGUAGCAAGAACGGAACAUACACACAUCCCAAGGUGGAAAUCGUAAAAAUGCUAGCAACUCAUUUGGGAUGACGAAAUUAGACAAUAAUUUGAAUGAAAAUAAUCAGUCAACAAUGGAUUCAACAUAAAAUAUAUUUUCAAGAAACAAUAAAAGGGCUAGUGUUGGAUCCUUGUUAAACUAAAGCUAUAUAAAGGCAGCAAGCAAAACUUUUAGUAAAGAUUAUGCUAUGAACGGUACAAUGAACUACGAUUCUAAUGCUUCUAUAUAUCCGACAUACUACAACCCAGUAGGACCAGGUUAGUAUUUUGAUAGCUCUUCGAAGUUAGGAAAUGUUACGAUUAGCAAUAAAUUUAAGAAUGCACCUUCAUUCAAAUUUGGAAAGGGCAAGAAUUUCAAUCACACAGAAAAGGCAUUUCAGACUAGCACAUCUUUUAGCGAGAUGAGGUCACAGAGCGUUACAGCAAGUGAGAAAAAACUUGACUUUUUGUACCCCUAGUUAUACAAUAUUGCAUGGUAGAAUGAGCUGAGGUAUUUUCAAAGAUCAGCUAUCAAUAUGAAAGAAACACCAGGAGUUGGAGAAUAUACACUUUCGAGUAUUGAACGACCUUUUUCAUAGGCAAGUUCAUUUUUAAGAGCAAAUUCAUAAACAUUUCCUAAGGAAUAAAGAGGAGAAAUCAAGGUGUAUGAUACUGUAUAUGAGAGAGAAUAUUCAAAUAAGAUUGGUCCGGGACCUUGCGGCUAUGAUACUAUUUACAGUUCAAAAUACCUAAGUAAAAAUGCUAAAGUAUCUUUCUCAAAGGCUAAAAGAGAUCAAAGUAGUAGCAUGAUUAAAGGUCCAGGGCCAGGUUACUAUGAAAAUGAUGUUCAUUAGUAUAAAAAAUCUAAAAUAUCUGAGGCUCCUAAAUAUAUCAUGCCUAAAGCUUACAAGAGAUUCGAUAUUAUCAAAUACGGGUCAUUUUGUGAUGAGAUAAUUCAAAAAGGAUACUUUUGA